AAAAGAACACUCUUUUCGGUAUCACCUGCCAUUUGACAUCUGUCAAUGUCAGUCUGAAAUUUUUAGAUUGGAAUAAAAUUUAUUUUAUUUUUUGUUGUUUUAGUUGUUACGUUGAUACAAUAGUUACUAUUAAAAAAAGGAAGAUAUGGAUAGUUCUUUAACAAAUUUUGAACUCACAGAAAGUACUGUUAAGAUAGAUCCUGAUUCAGAAAACGGUUCAGGUUCAGAUAAAAGUGAUCCCAUCGAAAUAUUGGGUUACGGAGAUGGCGAUUCUUCUGGUAGCAAUAAAUCUGAGCCGGAUACAGACUUUGAUAAAAAUCUACCUAAAACUGUUACCCUUUUAAGACAUGAAAAGACUGGUGCCAAAGUUUAUCUUAUCGGUACAGCACAUUUUAGUAAAGAAUCACAAGCAGACGUUGAAAAGGUCAUAAAAGUUGUUCUUCCACAUGUAGUAGUCUUAGAAUUGUGUAGUUCAAGAACAAAUAUAUUAUCUCUUGAUGAAGAAACUGUAUUGCAAGAAGCAAAGAAUAUCGAUUUACAGAAGAUUAUAUCCACAAUUAGAACAAAUGGGACUUACAAUGGUUUAAUGUAUCUACUUUUGCUGAAUAUGAGUGCCCAUUUGACAAAAGAAAUUGGAAUGGCCCCAGGAGGGGAAUUUAGAGUUGCUUAUAAAGAGGCUCAAAAAAUCCCUCAUUGUCGAAUUCAUUUAGGAGAUCGUCCAAUCAAUAUUACACUCCAAAGGGCUUUGGCUAGAUUGAGUUGGUUUCAAACUGUUAAAUUGGCAUGGCACUUGCUUACAUCAAGAGAUCCUGUAAGUGUUGAAGAAAUUGAAAAAUGUAAAGAAAGAGACAUGCUGGAACAGCUCUUAGCUGAUUUAUCAGGAGAAUAUCCAGCUUUCAGAGAAGUUUUUCUUGAUGAAAGGGAUAUUUUCUUGACGAGCUCUUUGCAAUCAGCUGCUGAAGCAAAGUCCAAGCAAGCUCUUGAAGGUCAUGCAGAGCCUAUCUGCAUUGUCGGAGUAGUUGGUAUAGGUCAUGUUCCCGGUAUCACAAAACUUUGGCCUGAAGAACAAGGAAAAUACGUCAAAGCUAUCAUAGAGAUUCCCCCUCCAUCCAUGACUUCUAAAGUUAUUAAACAGACUUACAAAGUCUCCUUACUAGCCUUUGGGGGUUAUCUCAUUUACAAGUAUGUUCCAGUACCUAGAUUUUUGAGAGACAGUGCUCAAGUUUUUGCUCAAAAAAUAAUAGCUAGCAUUAAGGCAGAGAAUUCGUUUAGGUUAAGCAUAAACUGAGGUUAUUGUGUUUAGAUUGUCGAAAUUAAAAUAUGGAAUUCGCAAAAUGGGUUAGUGUUUAUAGGAAAUGUAUAAUUUUACAGAGCUUUUUUAAUGUUCACUGCUAUUACAAAAUAUUCUUUUUGUGUCUAAAUUUUGUUUAUUGAUCUUUUUAUUGUUGUUAGACAUUUUAAUGUUGCCCUUAAGAACAUUUCUAGCCUGAAUAUAAGCAUAACAUUAUCUUUAAAUAUUCCUGUUAAGAUUUUUUAGGAUAAUAUUUCAAAUGGUUUUGAAAUGCUUUUCCGAUUAGCCUAGUCAUUGGAUAGAAAUUAAAAUUCAGUUUGCUGUCCAGUUUUAUAAACAUUUUGAAAAUAAUACAUGUAAAUUAGAAAUCUGUAGUUUUAUUGUCUCAUCAUUUAACGAGAGCACAAAGGAAUAUGAGAUGCUCUCAAAUACCUUUUAAUGUAUAUUUAAAUUAGUUUAUUACUAGAUAAAUGUCCCACUUUUGAUGUAAAAAUAUAAAGUUCUAAUAAAUUAUACAUUUCGCUUUCCAAAAUAUUAGGAAACAAAAUAAUACUUUUUAAAUGUUUAAUAUUGUAUAUUAUGAUAAGAAACAUCGGUUCUGAAUUAUCUCAAUCAAUUAUUUAUAAGUAAUGUCAUUAAACAUGUUUUUUUUUUUUUAAUUAUUUAACAAUUCCAUUUCAGAUAUAACUUUUUUUUAUUCGUAUUUUAUAUGUCCCAUGUUGCUUAAAACAAUUUUAUUUUUGUUCUAAAUUUAGACAAAGAAUAUCACACAACGAAAAACAUGAAAAAAAAAAUUGAAAUUUCUGCCUGCAUUAUAAAAUAUGAAAUAAUUGGUAUUCUUUGUCGUAAAAAAAUACUGCAAAAUAGAAAAAGGCUGUGCAAUGGAUGGCGUUGAAAAUAAAAGUGAGAAUUAAUACAUAUUAUUAUGAACUGUUGAGAUAUUUAAAGUACAUUUGUUUAGCAUUAAGUAUUGAAAUAUGUAGUUACAUUCCAACUUAAUCACUGGUUUAGGGUUUAAUAGAAAGAAACAAAGUAAAAAAUAGUUUUUUUAUUAAGAUACUAUAUUGUACAAUACGGUUUAAAAAUAUAAACACUUGGAAGACUCUUUGGCAGGAGCAUGUAAGUACUUAAUGGUAUACUGCCAGAAUUUGAUAAUUUGAAGCUUAGGUUAUUGUCUAAAUAUCUAGUUUUUUCUUUACAUUUUAUCAUAAUUAUUAUGUUUACAGUUUUUGUCAAUAAUAACAGCCACAUUAUGAUGUUAUAUACUGUUGAUUUAUAGUGCAAAUUUUAGUAUUUAAUGACGAAUAUUGAUUUUCACUAUCAUAUUUUUAUAAACAUGGCUCAGUCGGCAAUUUUAACUGGCUAAAAAUCUAAAGAUCCCUUUAAUAAAACUUUUGACUGGGCUAUGUUUUGAAAAAACGUCACACACAAUAUAUUUGUAAUACUUUUAUCAAAUAGGCGUAAAUUUUGGUUUCAACAGGCAAGAACCUUAAGCAAAUUUAUAUCUUAUCAGCUGCACAACGAAAUCCUAAAUUGGAAGCGGAACUGUCUUUGGUAUUAGAUGAUCGAGCCGCGCAACGAUAUCGCCAACAAUACGAUUCGUGGCAUAAAAACGAACCACCUUUCUUCACUUUUGUGUCCUAAAAUGUUGAAAUGUGAUUAGAUAUAUGUAUAUAUAUUUUUGUUACAUUUCUGGUGUAAAUAUAUCAUAUGCAUUUGGUUUAUAUUUGUUUUUUCUUCUGCUGUACCCUAACAAACAUCAAUACUGAAGAUUAUUCGUUUUCAUUUACAGAAAUAAUAGAAUACUAAGAGAAUAUUUACUAUUCUAUAGAAUUAUCUAUGAUACAAGAACAUACAGUAUAAUUUUUAAUGCACUCUUCUAAAUAACACUCAUUUUUAAAAAUAACUUACAGGAUCAUUUUGCCAGUUAUCCU